AUAAGAGUCAAGUAAAAAUCGGCAUGGCAACGUGGGCCAAUUAUGAGAAGAAGUUCAGUUUUAUGGCAUCUAUAGUAAGUAAAAUUUUACGACAAUAUAGUGCUUUUAUUAAAGAUAAACAUACUAUUGUUCUGGUGAAAUAAACGUUUACACAUUGAGUUAUAAGUCUAUAGAUUUCUACUAGCUCAUGAGGUCAUAAUUGAAAUAUUUCCCACUCGCUGUCAUAACUUAACCUCUUUCGUGAAAUGUAAACAAGUCGAGUCGAGAAUUCCUAGACAAGAAAAGACAACCCAGAAUUUUUCACGCUUAAAAAUACAAUAUACGUUUUCAAUGAUAUCAGAAAUGACAUCGCUUUUUAACACAGAUGAAGAUGGUUGCUUUUUCUUCGAAUCGGAUCAUCUAGCUUUAAGAGGAAACAAAGAUUAUUGUGAUGUUCUUAAAACUCUAGUUGUUCUUUCAGCUCAAAGAGAAAAACUAAUAAAGGAUUACAACAAAGUAGUUGAAAUAAGGAAAAAUGUAUUUGAAAAUAUUGAUGAUGUUAUACAGAAAAUAAAUAAUGGAGAAGAUUUGGGCAUUCAACUACCGGAUAUAGCUGAACUCCCAAAAAUUCCUGUUAUAAAUUUUGAGAGUUAUAAUGUUAAAAUACCAGAAAAUCAUUUAAAGGCAAUUUAUUCACAGACUGCAACAAAUAGUAGUAGUAAUAAAAUUGAAGACGAACUGAAAAAGGAACGUGAAAAAUACAAGUCUGAAAAUUAUAAUAGUUGGUCAGCAGAAGAACAAAAAAAACUAGAAGAAUUAUUGAUAAAAUUUCCACCAGAGCUGAUAGAAAGAAGAAGGUUUCAAAAGAUUGCAAAUGAAUUAGGUACUAGAUCUGUAGCUCAAGUUGCAAGUAGAGUUCAGAAAUAUUUUCUUAAGUUGUAUAAAGCUGGUUUACCUAUACCAGGAAGACUACCAAAAAAUUUGGAUAAACGAAAAAAACCCUUUCCUCAUAAACAUCAACGUUACAACCAGUAUCUUUGGAAACCAACGACUUUCUUUCCUAAUUUUGAUCUUCCUGUAACUAUGGAUGAAUUAGAUAACAUUCCUGGUCCGAGCUUUAAUUCGAAUCCUCCUGGAGACUCACGCCCUUCAAAUUAUUUAUUAGAAACAGAUUAUUACAACACUCACGAAAUUACUGGAAAAACAGAUGCUGAAUUGAAAUCACAGCUUUUGAAAAGGGUAAAGGAGGAGAAAUUAAGAGAGUUGAGAACCAAUAAUAAUUAUCAACAUAUUGGUUUUAAGUGCGAUUUCUGCAAUUCGGAUCCCAUAGUUGCCACUCGUUGGAAUUGUAUGAUAUGUCCUGACUCCAUUGACUUCUGCACAGACUGCGUUAUCUCCCAAUUAUACAGCAACAGGUGUCAUCCUUUGAUCCAUCCUCUAGCAAUAUAUCAAGACAACGAAAAUUACAGUAUAUCUCAUGGAGACGAAGCGUCGUUUACAAGAAAUAUUAAAACCGAAAACAUCGAUAGUGAAUCUGAAGACACUAACGACGGCAACACAUUUGAGUACGAUAAUAAUCAGUCCCUUAUUAAGGAUGAAAUCGAAGAGGGUUUGGGAACUGACGAGGAAAGUAGAAGUAAUUUCGACGGUGAUUUGUAUUAAGUUAAACUUUAUUUAAAAACAAUAAAGUAAAAAAGCGUUAUAUAAAAAAAUGUUCAAUUCGUUUCUGGUGGGACAGCUAGAAAUAAAAACUGAAUAUAACGGUUGAAUCCCUC